AAAUUAGAUUUUCUUUUUUAUUUAUUUAUUCCCCCGUCAAUUGGAAUCGUGAUAUUUUUGGUACAUUUCCAAAAAGGAGAUUGAACGUUUUCAAGUGAAGUGAAAAAUGGUGGGCGGUCGCAGUGGCAGUUAUUCGUUCGAAGAGAAAAAUUUCGGCAGUUCAGCAGAAGACAAGUCGAUCGACGAUGAUACCCCAAAGAAAAGUGAUCUCCGGGGUGAAACAGAAAUAAUGGCUGCUGGCGUCGACGAGGUGGACUACGCCAAGCAAGUGGAACCGGAAAUAGAACGCAAACGGCGCUAUUUCAGCCUGGCCAUCAUCACCUUCACCGCAUUCACCUUUAAUUUGUCCUUCUCGAUUAUCCUGACCAGCGCCAAACCUUAUCUUGAUCAGAUGGACCCGGAAGCUGGAACGCAAUUUCUCGGCUUGUUCAUCGCCGCCCAGCCGCUGGCCCAAUUAUUUUUCAGUCCUCUCCUUGGCUAUUUGGGCAACAAAUUCGGAUCGAUUCGAUUAUUGUCCAUCUUGUCGACUCUGAUCCUGGCCGCCGGAUUCGUCCUCUACGCUUGCGUGUCCGCUCUGCCCGGGCAGAGGCGCUGGUACCUCUUCGCCGCCCGUUUCCUCGUCGGAGCCGCCGCCGGAUCGAUUACGCUCUGCUUUAGUUACAUCGCAUCGGCCACGACGGUCAAAGAAAGAACAACGGCCAUUUCGCUUUUCAGUCUGGCCGGUUCGACGGCCUUUGUCCUCGGACCAGUUAUUCAGUUGGCUUUUGCACCGCUGGGUGUUGGCACGGACAUCCCCAUGGGCGGCGAUCUCUACCUCAAUUUGUUUACCGGCCCGUCGUGGCUCUCGGCCAGCAUGGCCCUGCUCAACGCUUUAGUGUUCCUGCCCGGCGUCUUCACCGAGCACAACGUGGCCAAGAAGGAAGGCGAUUUCGUGGCCACGAUGGCCGCUAAGAAGCGGUCGGCGACGGCCGCCUGCCCGUCGCCCGCAGAAAUGGCCAAAAAGAUCCAGCGGCAGAAGCGGCCCGACAAGUGGGCCUUGAUCGUCUGCAUCGUCAUUUUCGCUUCUGUCCAGUUCAAUUUCAUCUUCCUGGAAAGUGUGGCCACCCUGUUGACGAUCGAGCAGCUGGGCCUAUCGGAGAAAUCGGCCAUCGUCGUGGUGGGCCUGGCCUUUGCCGGGGCCGGCGUCUACAGUGGCGUCAUCUUUGCCAUUUUGGGCCCAUUGUCACGCAGACUGGGCGAGCGAAUUCUUCUCAUUAUUGGCAUCUUCCUGCUGGCCAUCGGUCCGGUUUUGCUCUUUCCCUACGGCGGUCCACCUCCGCCCAUCAAGUACUUGAACAGCAGCCACAGCAUCACGUCUACAAUAGGAGCCGAUAACGACACUCUGGUCCAGCAGCUGACGCUGGACUACAAUUACGGGUGGCUGUCGUUGACGUCGAUGGGUCCUCACGAUAUUUCCGGAGGUUGUCCGAUCGAUGUCCAGCCCUGGUGCGGAUACACGUCGGCUAUCAAACCCGAGCAGCUGAUUGCCGGUUUCGUCCUGAUUGUGACGGGAUUUCCCAUGGGAGCCGCCAUGACGAAUUCCAUUUUUAGUAAAAUUAUCGGCCCAUAUCCACAGGGCACUUGGAUGGGCAUUUUGGCAGCUGGCGCCUGUUUCGCUCGAGUUCUCUGUCCCAUUUGCGUCACGAAUAUUUAUUCGGCCUUCGGACCCUUGGCCGCCUUCGCCUUUAUGACGGGCAUCAUGGUCCUCGUCCUCAUGUUGCUCCUCAUCUACUACCGACACCUGGUCCCCUAUCGCUACGAAGACAUCGAAGAACCCAUUCCUUUCUUAAUCACGUAAUAGAUCAGCAGUGCAACGCGUCGUUUGGUACUUGAUUUUUUCAAAUUUCCCGCCAAUUUAAAAUCACGAAAUGAAUACAACUGGUGAGUCAA